AUGGCUCCCUCUCUGACCGAAACCAAGACCGUCUCGGAGCAGAAGCUCCCGCAGGCAUAUAAGCUGCACCUUGGCCAAUACAAGGAGAUUGACGCAGUAUUUGUAGACAAGGCAGCCGAAGAAGGCAAGACUGGCGAGCCUCCCGCCAAGUACCCUCACUACCUCCCUACCUGGGACCGCACUCAGUCGUGGCCUCCUCUGGAGCCGUUCGAGCACUACGAGCACGGAAAGGAUGCCGAUACCACAUAUCCCAACCUCUUCCCCGAGGGCAGCAAGGUGUCCGAUAUCACCCCCAGCAUCGGCAGCGAGGUCCACGGCAUCCAGCUCUCAGCCCUGUCUGACAAGGGCAAGGACGAGCUCGCCCACUACGUCGCCAAGCGCAAAGUCGUCGCCUUCCGCAACCAGGAUUUCGCCGACCUCUCCAUCCCCGACGCCCUCAAGUACGGCGAGUACUUUGGCCGCCACCACAUCCACCCGACCUCUGGCGCGCCAGAGGGCCACCCCGAGAUUCAUCUCGUCCACCGCGGCGCCGGCGACAAGGGCCACGAGGCGUACUUCAAGGCGCGCACCAGCUCCGUCGCUUGGCACUCGGACAUUUCGUACGAGGCGCAGCCCCCGGGCACCACGUUCCUCUACAUCCUCGACCGGCCCGAGACUGGCGGCGACACGCUCUUCGUCGAUUCAGUACAGGCUUACAAGCGCCUCAGCCCUCUCUUCCAGGAGCGUCUUCACGGCCUCCGUGCCACGCACUCUGGGAUUGAGCAGGUAAAUGCAGCUGCUUCCAGAAACAGCAUCAAGCGUCGCGAGCCCGUAGUCCAUGAUCAUCCCAUCGUUCGCACUCACCCUGCGACCGGCGAAAAGGCUCUCUAUGUUAACCCCCAAUUUACCCGUGACAUUGUUGGUCUCAAGAAAGAAGAGUCGGACACGCUACUCAAAUUUCUCUACGACCACCUCGCAUACGGAGCCGACUUUCAGGCUCGCGUCAAGUGGGAGGAAGGCACCGUCGUUGUUUGGGACAACCGUGUUACACAGCAUACCGCGCUUGUCGAUUGGGAAAACGGCCAGCGGCGUCAUCUCGCGCGGCUAACCCCGCAGGCUGAGGCGCCAUUCGAGACCCCUUAUGUGGCACCCGAGUAA